CAGGAAGUGAAGAGGCCGGGCUCCUUUGGCGGGGCGUACGCUUGCGCAUAGGUCGGGUCAGAGGAAUCUUCGUUUUCGACACUGCUAGGAUAAUCAAGCAAAACAAAGAUGAGCUUCAUCUGUGGACUGCAGUUUGCUGCUAGAAACUGUGUUUUCUUCCGAUUUAAUUUACUGACCAGCUGGAGAAAAUGUAACACACAAGCUGUAACCUCACUGGACUGUCAUCAAGUGAAAAUUAACAAUAUAGUAAAUAAGUCUCUGGGCCUGGGAGUAAAUCAGGGUGAUAGAUGGACAUUUCUGCCUGAAAACUUUCAUUUCUAUAGGACUUUUAAUAACAAAAGAACAGGCUGCCUCUUGAGCACCAGAAGUAAGGAAAUUUGGAUGAUUACCCAAAAAUGUACUGCAUGGAAUAACUCUUUUUCAAGACAGCUACUGAUGAAAGACAUUCUAGUAGUUCCUGCUCUUUCAGUGGUGCAUCCUCUAAACUGUUUACCCACAAGAGACAUCAGGAGUUUCCAUACUUCUCCACGGUUUCAAGCUGCUCCGGUUCCUCUCUUGUUGAUGAUUCUUAAACCAGUGCAGAAGCUACUGGCUAUCAUUGUGGGCAGGGGCAUAAGGAAAUGGUGGCAGGCACUUCCUCCUAACAAAAAGGAACUAUUUAAAGAAAGUGUAAGGAAGAAUAAAUGGAAGUUAUUCCUUGGUUUGAGUAGUUUUGGAUUGCUUUUUGUAGUAUUUUAUUUUACACACCUGGAAGUGAGUCCAGUCACAGGAAGGAGCAAGCUUCUAUUACUGGGGAAAGAACAUUUCAGACUUUUAUCAGAACUGGAAUAUGAAGCAUGGAUGGAAGAAUUUAAAAAUGAUAUGCUAACUGAGAAAGACGCCCGAUAUGUGGCUGUUAAAGAAGUGGUUCAUCAUUUAAUUGAAUGCAAUAAAGAUAUUCCAGGGAUCUCUGAGAUCAAUUGGAUAAUUCACGUGGUUGAUUCCCCAGAUAUAAAUGCCUUUGUGCUUCCAAAUGGACAAGUGUUUAUCUUCACUGGGCUUUUAAAUAGUGUGACUGAUAUUCAUCAGCUAUCCUUCCUUCUGGGCCAUGAAAUAGCACAUGCAGUACUUGAGCAUGCCGCAGAAAAGGCUAGCUUGGUUCAUUUCCUGGAUUUCCUAGGUCUGAUUUUUCUCACAAUGAUUUGGGCCAUUUGUCCUCGAGAUAGUUUGGCACUUUUGGGCCAGUGGAUUCAGUCUAAAUUGCAGGAGUUUAUGUUUGAUAGACCAUAUAGUAGAACACUGGAGGCUGAAGCUGACAAAAUUGGACUACAACUUGCUGCAAAGGCUUGUGUGGACGUCAGAGCCAGUUCAGUGUUUUGGCAACAGAUGGAAUUUGCAGAAAGCCUCCAUGGUCUUCCCAAGUUGCCAGAAUGGUUAUCUACACACCCUUCUCAUGGAAAUCGAGCUGAGCACUUGGAUAGACUCAUACCUCAGGCACUCAAAAUUAGAGAGACCUGUAAUUGCCCACCACUUUCUGGACCAGACCCUCGAUUACUGUUCAAACUCAGCAUGAAGAAUUUUCUUGAAGAAGCAGAGAAAGAAGACCUAAAUAUCACUGUUAAACCAAAAAUGGAUACUCUUCCCAUUCAAAACGAGAAGCAAAUACCAUUAACGUGUAUAGUUGAGAAAAGAACUGGCAGUUGAAUUAAAAUUUAUGAGACACCAGAUAUGUGAAGAAUGCAGUAAUCCUUAUCAUUUUCAUGUUACUUUUUAAAAAAUAUUGUUUGAAAUGAAAAAAAAGGGUACUCAGGGUCAAAUCAUGUAUAUUACAGGUAUUAUCUAAAUUCUUA